UAUGGUUGUCACUUGUCAGUUGAUGUCCGAGUAGGGGAGAGGUUGUGCGGUUUUAAAUUUAUUUAGUUAUAUUUAGCCCCCUAUUGGUUCGAUUCUUUUUAACUUACUUAAAAAACUAUUACUUUAAGGUGAAUUUAAAAUUAUCACAGUUAUAAAAAGUUGUUUUAGUCAGUUUUCUAGUAUUUUUUUAAACACAAAGAUGCAAGAAACCGUUACAAAUACAAACGAGAGGAAAUCUUUAUUUUCAACCUUCCUGGAAGUGCUGGAGGCCCGCGACAAGCAAGCGCAGGCCGACAGGGAGCUGCAGGAGGAGAGGUACCAGCGGAGGACACAGAGGAUCUACGACUUCCACGAUCGGCAGCAGCGCUCGGCGGAGGAGCUGCGGCGCUGCCUGGACUACGUGUCGCAGCACGCGCACGUGCUGGAGUCCGUGCUGCGCUCGGCGGCGGGCGACGGCGCGCCGCUGGCGGGCGCGCUGGUGCGCCAGGCGGCGGCGCUGCAGCGCUGCAUGGCGCAGUGCGUGGCCAACGCGGCGCGCAUCCGCCAGCUGCUCACCGCCGCGCACCGCCCGCAGAUGGACACCAUGCUCGCCAAGAUGGAGGCGGAGCUGAGCGCGUGGACGGCGUUCCUGCAGCGCGCGGUGGAGGCCGCCUACAACAGCGAGGUGGUCAUCGACAACCUGCACAACCUUGUCGCGGAGCAGAAGCGCUGCGUGCGCGAGGUGUCGGCCAGCGGCGUGUUCGCGUCGCUGGGCGCGCCCGGCGCCGACGCGGCGGCCGCGGACGCGCACACGCAGGCGGCGGGCGCGGACGCGGACGCAGACGCGGACGCCGCCUCGCCGCGCACGCCGGUGGAGCGGCGGCCGCGCUCGCACGCCUGCAGCACGCCCAUCGCGCGCGACUAGCGCCCGGCGCCGCGCGCGCGCGCCUCGCUCGCCGCGCUGUGCUGCGUGCUGCGCCGCGGCGAGCUGUGACGCGUGGCCGCGCCUUGUACGCCGUCAGUGUCUUCGCCUCUCAACUCCAGCGAAGAACUAACUAAAGAACUUUCUGACUGAAAAGCAAAGUAUUUCUCCGAAAGAACACUGCGAGCCGAACGCUAAUCCGAUAGAUGCCAGUGCCUACCGAAAUAAGCCUAUACACUACUCUGUAACCUUUUUACAAACGGACGAAAACGAGUGUCUCUGUGAUGGAUUAUAUAGUCCACAUAAAAAAUAUUUUAAGUACUUUUUCUACCCAUCGGGAUAUCUUUGGAAGUGAGGGUCGUCAAUAGAUACCUAAGUAUUUUUAUUAAAAGAAAAUUCGAAAAGCUCACCGACUCGGAGCAACACCGAGGGUGAUGAAACGUUCUCUUGCCGCGAGGAAGGGGCAGACAGUUUCCAGGCUGACCCACGCCCCCUACCCCGCCCGCCCUACGCGGCAGAGCUCCCGGUCUGUGCGGACGAGGACGCACUUCCUCCUGCCGCCCGCCCAUCGCGUUGACGUUAAAACAGUAAAAAAACCACGAUCGUAUUUUCUGAGCCUUCCGCCCCAGCGCCAUCACUGUGCUGACACUAUCAUCGUCCAUUUGUAUUUUAAAAAGCUAUUUUUGUUUCGAUAUCGAGUCGAUAUUACAUGUAAUGUUCGAGACGUGCACUUCACAGUAAUAAAAUGCUGACUGUCGACUGGGAGUGACGCCCCAGAUAUUAAUAGCACGACGCUCCGACGCGGCCGACACUCGCCGCCUGAAGUGUGCUCUCGUGUGCGCUCUCUUCAAGCGAACAUUCUUUCAAUUGUUGACUUCUCUGGGCAAUUUGUUAUAUUAAAUGAGCAAAACGAAAAGCACACGAAAGUGGCGCUAAAGUUCACUUCGACUGAACUUGACAGUGCGAGUUUCAAAUUCGUCAUUAUUUUGUUCUCUAUUUCAUCUACAUAUUGUAUAGUUUCGUAUAAGAUUGACAGAUAGAGACGAAUUGUCGACUCGCACUGUGGAGCUGUCACAAGUUCGACAGAGAACAGCGCACGUGCGAGCGAGGCGCGCCAUAUGUGGACGCGCUGUCGUCACAAACAUUGUAAAUAUUUUAUUCAAUAAACCGAGCGACGAGCAGGUUUUAGUCUUUAUUAUAACUAUAUUUCUGUUUAUUCAUAUCGCUCGCCCUCGGCCUGUACCGGGAGAGUUCCUGUCGGCGAACAAUAAUUAUUAUUAUUCGAUGUCUCUGUACCAUGCUGUUCUGCUAUUUGUAAUUUUCAAUUGAAUUGGAGUUAUUACAAUAUUACUGUGUUAUGAAAUAAUGAUGUAAAUGAAAUAAGUGUAUGAAUUAUAAAUGUAUUAUGAUGAAGUGUUCGAGACCGCUCACUGCCUUACUCGUGUUCGAGUUGUUCUCUUUACCAUGUUAUAGUCUCUGUGACGUUUGUUGUGCGUGCUGUUGUAGCUAAGUACGGUUGUAUUUCUUAUACUCAUCGAAUCGUCUUUCGAAAUUGUACAAUGAACAUACUAUGAAUUUGUUAAAAAUCGAAGUGUCAACGAAACGGAGACUGAAUCUCGCCCCGCCGCCAACCGGCGACUGCUGUCGCCGACCUGUCGCCCGCCCGUCGCCGACCCGUCGCCCGCCGCAGCGAGCGCGACUCUCGCUUGACGUGCGCGCCGCGCAAGCAGUUCGCGCUUUGUCCGGUGUUUCGGUGUAGACGUUUUCGUUCGGUUGUACACAAAACUGAUGCGAUCAUGCACCAAAAGUUUUUAAAAUUGUUGUUUACAUAUUUUUAACAGAAUGUAUGUUGGUUUUAGUUUCAAUGUUUUGUGCGACCGAAUUGACGCUAAUAUUGUUAAGAUGAAGUGGUUCCGUGCGUUUACAGGGCAAGCCAUUUUAUACUAUUUCUCUUAUUGUUGUUCGGCUACUGUUUGAGCGCCCGCCCACAGCUUCUAGUGCUAGUUUGUUUUGGAAGACUUUGGGUGUAGUGAUGAGGUGACAGACGAGUGUCGAACGGUGACAACUGACAGCUCCAACGACGCGGCGGUGUAAAACUUUCGGAACAUUCUUUAAAGAAACAAAAAAGUUUGUUCCCACAUUGCGCGGUCGGCCAUUGUCUCACCACUACAUCCAGAGUUAAACUGAAUAGAUUAAGUAACUGUAAUGUCAUCAUCGCAACUGAUACUAUGUCAAAUGUCAUCUCUGAACAACACGACCACAACGAUUAUAUUUUAAUUUAUGUGUUCAGACUGCGUUGGUUGUUAUUUUGAAGAGACCUUUUCCCCGUCACCGACCAUCAGUCCCUGCGGGCGGCGACACGGCGAUUGCCAUUUCGAAAGGUCCACGUGACCUUCCGCUCCCGUGCUGUGUACGCGAACUUUGACACUUCCUCGACCAUAAAUAUACCGUUUAAUGACAUUCUGUUUUAUCUCUCAGUCUUUACGUCACGCACAAACCUUUGAACGGAUUCAUGAUAAUAGCGCGAUCAAAGCACGUUCAGUAAAAGAUCGGGUCGUCGGCUAUCGUAAGGCUCUGCGUCGUCUUCCUAUCUCGCCGAAGAUAACUUAGCCCGGCCGGAGUGAGGAGACAACUUAAUAUAAACCUCGGUGAAUGAAAUGGAAGUUCUAAAUGUAGCUUUUUGUGUGAGGUACGGACCCGCAGUCCGCGCAGUCGGUGUGCGCCUGCUCAUUGUUGGACCUUCGUCAGUUGGUCGCGUGAAGUGCGCUCUGCGUCGGCCCGAGUGUUUGGCGGCACUCGGAAUGUAGAACCCGUGUCUGGACUUUAGAAUUAAUAUCUGAGACUUGUGGGCGAUGUCGUUUGGUGGAACGUUAUAUAUUAAAAAUAAAAUUGUAUUAAAAAUUAAAAAAAUAUUCAAAAAUUGACAUUCUGUCGUUCCAAUCAAUAGACGUUGCCCCACGAACGUGUUAUUGCUACUUCGUGUACUGUUGAAAUACAUUGUUACAGUAUGAUAUGCAAUGUUUAUACAAUACUUGCCUGUAAUGUUUGAGCUUUAAGCUAUAUUUUAAAUAAUAAUUAAUUAAUAUUACUUAUACUAACCGUGCAAUCGUACCUGUGUGGUGUAUCUGUGGCCAAAUUUUCCUUAGAUGUGCGCCAGCGGACCGACGUCCGACGCGAGACUACGAGUAGUCGUGUACAAACGUAGAACAUUUCGAUGAUGCUCCGAGUGACUGGACUCAGACACCAGUGCCACUGUUCUGUAACCAAGCUUUUUCUCUCUCUCGCUCUGUCUAACAUAAUAUUAAAGAUAGAGAGAAUUAGAAACGAAUCAUGAUGAACCUCGAGAGACAGGAUUUCUACUCCUUCUCUGCGGUUCAUCAUCACAGAACAGCGCUACACUGUAUCUGUAACGCGUUACGCCCGCGCGUUCUCGAGCGCGAAGGGCUCAUCUACAUCUGUCUCACAAUCGUAACACCAUAGCUUUAAUAUUUUAAGUUCGUAAGUCGCAGGCGUAACGAGUGGUGUGAAUGUGUUAGCUACGCUAGGGAGUGCAGCGAGUGACAGUGCGAGUGCUCUGUUGUCGCAGCCGUCGGUGCGUUGUUGUUCGCUGUAGAUGUAGCGUUGUACGAUGUUGUAAACUCAAUACUAUUGCAUUUUUAAUAUAAAUCUUUUAUUGUACUGUUGUGCUGUGUUAAGAGAGAACUAGCGUACCGUUGUAGAAAUGUAGAUAUAUAAUUAUUAUUACACUUUUAAUCUUCGGAUCAAUUUUCUAUUUAAUGUUUGUAACCGUUUUCUCGAAUGAAUUUUUGUGUCAUAUGUGACGUGUACCUUUGUAAAAUUUGUAUUCGUACGGCGCGAGGUCCGCGCGUCGUGCGCCCCCGCCGCAGGGGAGGGGUGCGCCCCCCGCCUCAGGGAAGGGCGCAGGCUUCACAUUCCAAAAUUAUUUUGUGUAUCGAUAAUAAUUAAAUAAAAGAUAUUUUGAAAAA